GAGAUAACACACAAUGAUGUAUACAGAUUGCAAUAUUGGUAUAGAUAUUAAGUAAUUAUUUCAUACAUGAAAGGAAAAUAAAGUAUAUUUAUAGGGUUGUUAUCUACUAUUUACCGGGGAGGUCGGGGCGGUAAGAACACUAAUAUUAUAACAUAUUAUCUAUUUAUUUAAAAAACAAUAUAUGGACUUCGUGUGUAUUUUAUUUAUUAUUGGGGCUUUAGGUUUAUUUAGCAUAAUAUUUUUUUUAGCCAAAUCCCUUAGACAAUAUAGAACAGUAUUUUAUAUAAUAGCUAUUAUAUUAGUUCUUGUGAUAUUUAUUUAUUUAAUAUGUAUUUAUUUAGGAUAUGGUUUACGAGAUUUUCUGUCUUUUUUGGAUGGUAGAGAAUAUGGGUAUAUUGAUGGUAGAGCAUUGCUUGAGGACUUGAUAAAUGGUAUUUUUACUCUGUUUUAUUUGUUGUUUUCCUCUUAUAAAGAGACAAUGGGAGAUUCAGGUAAUAAUCCUUCCUCUCCUAUAGUUAUUUCAUCCGAUGAUGAAAGUACUACUACGGAUAAAGAAGAUGAAAAUAUUACUGCAUCUGCCCCUGCCUGAAGCAGGGCGCCAGGCCAAGGGGAGGAUAAAGAAGAUGAAAAUAUUACUGAGGAUAAUGGACCUUCUAAAGUAGAUAAAGGUAA